AUGGAGUCCUUGGAUGCGCCACCGACGCGACAGGCCAAGCUUCAACAUCGGACCCCGCCCUCACUGGAUCCCCACCGGGGGAGUGUCAUUCGCGCGACCGUCUCGCUCCCCGAGCGGCCCCGAGCCGAAACCGGCGCCUCCACCACCCCGGGUGACGUUACACCGCAGCACGUCCGGUCCCGGAAGCGGGAAGACGGCCUGCUCCAGAGACGGAGCCCCUUCAUCCCAAGGACGGCUGGAGCUGAGGUCCGCCGGCGGCCACGCCCAUCCGUCUGGCGACACGAAGUCAUGCCUGCUGGGCGCUCCAUGGGCAAACGAUGGGGCCCCAGAGCGCGAUGA